GAGACAGUUGUCUCAGAGAAUCAGUGCCGUGAGGAACGAGAUUGAUGGCCGCUUAUUUUUGGUUCUGAUUCAUUCUGGACUUGAAACAUCGGAAUCCUACAUACAUACCUAUAUGGAGGUCGGAACAAAUCCCUUCUUGGAGCUCGUGCUCGUGCUUGUGAAGGUGUAACUAAAUACUAUUUCACGACCACCUGAUGGACAAGGGUCCGAGAGAGAUCGUGAUCACCAUGGGCAUAAACCCGAUAUCCAGGAAAAGUUUGCCUCGAUUCGAAGCGUGUGUUGUGGUUUGGCAGUUUUGGAGCCCAUCGGUUUCGCCUACGACCAUUGGGUCGUUCAAGUUCUGCUAAGUUACGAGUGUGACCCGACCUUCGAGCGUUUGAGUAGCUGGUGAUCAACAAACCCAAUCUGGACUUGCAUUCGGUGGAUUCAUCCCCAAUUUUCGGGGGCAUAAUACUAUCCGGGCUCGAUUCUGAUCUAGCUACCUUGAAGACUGGUGUGAGGAUUCAGUGAACACUCGGACAAUUUUUUUCCGUACCCAGUAAAUGAAGAAAAAUAUUCAACUGUAACUGACCGCAUAACAGACCGACUAAGAAGAGCAAGGAACCAUAUCAUAAUCCAAUUGUAUGAAAAUAUCGUGGGCUCUGCAAGUCCGGCUUCAGCAGUUACGUCAUCUACAUUAUUCGUCCGCCUUCUCGUGCUGCUUUGGCUUGUGUCUAAGCUUGUGCCUAUGCUUGGGCAUGAUAUUCUAUUCUUUGAGCAAAUUUCCAUUAAUCAUUGGUGAUGUCCACACGCUUUUCUCGGCUUCAAAGGUGUCGCCCACUCUCGGCCACAUUGUUGCGGGUAUGAUGUAUUUGACAAGCCUCAAAGAAUCGACCCAAUGGUGAUGCCACAAGGGAUUAUUGCUACAUCACGAGAAUAAGUUCACCUCUGGAAAUUUCUCCACCAUCCAUCCAUCUAUCCAUCCAUCAAUGUUUGAGAAUAUCAUUCAGACAAGGGGAUCGGAAUUAAGACAGCCUAACCAAAGUUGUGGCAUAUAUUUCAGGGAGACCUAUCGUGGGCCGACCACAUGGUUACUAAAGAAUAAGCCGACCAAUCUUUUUCUUUGAGAGGUGCAGGGUGCAUCAAAUAACUUGCCAAUUUGGCUACUUCAAUUGAGGGUGGGCGAUUGGCUUUCUUUCGUCUCAGCCGCCAGACAUUUGGCACAAGCUCGUUUAAAGGAGGAGGGUCCAUCUGCUUCCUGUUAAACCAAGUGGAUUCCACAGUAGUCUCGUAAAGAGCGAACGAGCGAGCGAGCUGGAGGAGGCUAAAGAGUCGAUCCCCUUCACGGAAGAACCAUCCUGUCCACCAUAGGCAGAGGCAGUAAACCGUUGGUGUUUCACGAGAAAGCCGUCUGUCUGUCUGUCUAUCUCUGUGUUUGUCCCUGGCGUUCCAACGCCUGAGCGAGUCGGGUCCCCCUUAGGAGCGAAGUGUGGUGUGUUAGUGCAGUGUGGUGUGCAGUGGUGAGGGGAUUUCUGGAUGGGACACGGCCUUCCUACUAGAGUGGGGAGGGAUGGCAUCAAAAUGGUCUACAUGAUUUCUCCACCGUGGUGGCGUUGUCUGGUGCAAUCAAGAGCGUUGGAAAAUGUACCGGCAAUGUCGUGCCCUGCUAGGCUCGCUCAAGAGGUCUUCCCUGCAUGAAGUGUGACCUCAAGGGCUUCUCCUGAAUGAAAAAUGAGGCCUUGGCGAGCACUCGGUGGCCUUAGUAAGCGAGUGACUCAACCAAGAAACAAGUGUGUUUUCCUCGAAAUCUAAAUGAAGGAUUUUCUCUGCGAGGCCAUUGAAGACAAAUGUGCACCUCACGACCACAAUCAGAGCACAGCGAACUUCGCAAAGCUACUGAAGCCUAGUGAAUAAAAUCGAAAAAAAGAAAUGGAGUCGGCUGUGGGGAACGCUCAUCCCACUUUGGGGCCCACGCCGUCGAUCAUUACCAAAACGAUGGAAGUUCCCAAUAUGAGCAGCCUUGGCCCUGGAACCCACGUGGUUCCGGGGAUAGCGGUUCCUCCGAUGGUCCCACAACCUAACGUUGUGAAUGGUCAUGUGAUGCUGAAAGAUGUGAUAGAAUUGGUCAGAAUGAACCUGGUCGGUGUGCCCAGUGGUUUCACUAAAUUGGGCUACCCCAUCAUCUACUUCCCGGAUUCGAGUAGUCGGAGUUUCCCAACUGUUUUGGAAAGUGACCUCCACCUUCUGUUCAAUUAUUAUUUGUCAGUGGUCCCUCGAACGGAGCAAGGCACUGGAUUUGCAUUAAUAGUCGAUCGCUCUGCCGGUAUGGAUUGGACUUACGUCAGAAACGUCUUUCAUCGAGUGAUCACCUUGUUCCCGGCCAGAAUUCGAGAAGUGUAUCUGAUUCACAGGGAUGGCGAUCCUCCGCCUCGAAGUCGCCAGAGCUCGUCAUCUAAUGGCUCCACUGCAUCGUCCAACAGUUCCAAAGACAUUGUUCAUCAAUUAAUGGACGAGUUUCUUCUGGAUUUUGACAUCUUUCAAAUUGAUGAUCCCGCCGAUCUGCUCCACUACAUCGAUGCCAAAUGCUUGCCUAGAGAUCUUGGGGGUCAAGUGAACGGGGAUAUCGAAAACUGGUUGGUGCUUCAGGAACAUGUUGAAGGCUUCAGCUACAAUGCACGCAGAAUCGCACGGCGCUUAGCCCAAUUUGUAGGUCUUCUCAACCAGGAAGAUAUCAAUUACCGAGGGGAAGCCCUCCGAGAAAUUGCAGCCAAGAACAGGGGCAACUAUCGGAAGCUGCGGAAGGAGCUGGAAGAUCUGACGGAUCAUGGAUUACUUAUGUUGAAAAGUCUGCAACGUCCGGAUGCCAACGUCAUGCAGCGACUGGCCGUUCAAGUGCUCUGUAAGCAAUUGGACCAGGCUUGGACAUACUUUAGCCGAUCAUGGAAAAUGCAAGAUCAUGUCUACGUGCAAUACCUGGAGCUCAAUACGUUUCAGCAGCGCUACAGAGAGCUGGCCAACACAUUUGUCGACAACGACCGCAUGGUGAGAGAGCUCCCCAUAAGUGGCUCCUCGACGGAGGAAGUCAAUGCCGCCUUGGAUAAAAUCGAUUCAGUCACCCAGUCAGUGUCCAUUGCCAUGACCAAAGCUCGGGAGCUCACCAAGAUGGGCCAGGAUCUCAUGAACGCCCACAACUUUGCCACGGAUUGCGUUCAACCCAAGAUCACGGAGCUGAAGAUGAUCUGUCAGAAGCUGGAGCUGAUGCUCAACGAGAAACGCCGCCUCCUGCACAAGUUCCUCGAUCUAAUGGACUGUUUGGACUUGGUGGCCAAAUGGUGUACAACCGCCACCGAUCAUUUAGACUUACGAGAACUGAAUCAAUCCCAUCGAAUCGAGCCCAACGGGUCUGGGCCAGACGAGGAUGUGUUCUCUCAAAUCCGACAAAUCGAUUACCUGCUUUCAAAAUCUCAAGAAUUGAAGCUCCGAUCACGACAAGACUUUGAGGAAUCCUUUGAAGAAAUCAAGAAUUUCAUGUCUGCUCAAACCCUUUUUGCCGUGGACGACUCGCUUGAGCGCUUGGAUGCCGUCACCUAUCGAGUCAUGCAGAGGCGAGAGGAAUUGAGGUCAAAAGCGAUGAGAACGGACCGCAAAUUCUCGCUCUCGGAGCACGACCCCAACGAGUCCAUGAAAAUCCGAAGGGAGAACAUCUUAGCCGAGCUCCUGGCCACAGAAUCAAAAUACGUCUCGGACUUGGAAGAGAUCCUGAUUCAUUACCGAGACAAAUUGGAGGUGUCCAAUCUUACCGAAACGCGUCAGAAAGCCCAGAUCAUUUUUGGGAAUUUGGACGAAAUUCACGAGUUCCAUUCCACUGUUUUUCACCCUGAAUUGGAGCGGUGUGGGGUGAACCCUUCGGGUGUGGCCAGAACUAUUUUAACCAAUUGCCAAGAGGUGAAAAUCCUUUACAGUCACUAUUGUCAAAACAUGUCUGCUUCGCGGCAAGCCAUUCAAGAUCUGGGCGGGGAGCAAACGCCUUCCUCGAUUCUGGUCCACUGCCAACAAGAUGCGGGUCACCAGCUCCCUUUGAGCUCGUAUCUUCUGAAACCAAUGCAAAGACUUACGAAAUACCAACUCUUGAUAAAAGACCUCACCGAGAGCUCGAACGUGGUUUGCGGCAAACCCGAAUUGGAAGAGGCUCUGGCUGAACUCUUGAGUGUGAUCAAAGUCGUGAACGAUAGCAUGCAUGACAUUACGAUCAAAGGCUUGCCCAAUGCAGUGUAACCUUUGGGCACAUUGAAUAACCAUGAGACGUUCCAAGUCACCUCUGAGAACAAAGGUCAGAGUCAAAUUCUGUUUAGCCGGAACAAAAGUCAGCGAAGACAUGUGUUCCUUUAUGACAACCACGUGGUGUUCUGCAAGGCCAUCAACGAAAAGAACCAAACCUAUCACUUCAAAUUCUCUUUGGGAACAAGCAGUCUCGGCAUGUCCAGCAUUGUCAAGGGUGAGGAGAAAAAAAUUGAGUUGUGGGUUCAUGGGCGGAACGAGCUGUACACGCUGGAAGCCAAGACCAAAAAGAUCAAAGACGAUUUCGGAACCGACCUCCGAAAAGUCAUCAUUCGACAGAAAGAACAUCGAGGCCACAGGGCUCAACCUCAGAUAUUUUACGAUACGGCCUCGACGACAACGGCCUCGACCGAAUCCGGAGAGCAUCAGGCACGCACUUCCAAAUCUUCUCGAUUAACACGGUCGAGAUCGUUGGAGAGUGGGCGGGCUAACGCACCUCUGAGAUCAAGGUCACUGGAUUGUGCAGGCGACCGCAGUUCCCCAGAAAUGGACGGCAACGGAAGCAAGCACUACGAGCAUGGUGGGCGGUACAUGGUCCUGGCCGAUUACAUGGCCUUGACGGGGCGAGAAAUAGACUUAACUGAGGACGAAAUCGUGGAGUUGGUGAAAGUCGGAUGUGCUGGUUGGUGGUACGUGCGGUUAUCAGCCUAUCCUUAUCCCGAGGGAUGGGCGCCUUCCACCUACCUAGAAAAACUAACCAAUGAUUGAGUGAAUUAUUUCAACUUCGGGUUGGGAAGAAGAGAGGAUACCUUGAAAAUCGCACCCGCUACAAUCCAUGUCGGGCUUAGUCAUUUGUAUUCCUUUGAACCCUCACAUUUAUACGGCACCUGAACGAAGAACCCUUACCUUUAUAUUUCCUAAUUAGAAGUGAGCUAAACAACGAACUUAGAGUUCUGCUUUAAAAUUUGAGCAAUUAAAACUAACCAGUGCGUACCCUGCUAUCAAUUUUCUGAAUGAUCAAAUGACUUAUUUAUCAAAAGUACCUUAAAUGCUUAAACCCAUCUGUUGCAGCAUGAAAUACAUUCGCCAAUACCUGA